AUAGGAGCCGUUUUGAUUCUCGGAAGGAAGAAUUUUGGCCCACCAAGCGAGUUCGCGAUCGAGAGAAUCAUCGAGACGUUUAUUGGUUUGUCUUGUGCCAUCAUGGUGGAGCUUAUCUUUCAGCCCACGAGAGCCGCUAACAUAGCUAAACUUGAGCUCUCUAGAAGCUUCCACGCUUUGUACGAGUGUGCAAGCUUGUUUGGAGCUAAAGCGAGUAAAGCAGAGAUAAUGGAGAGUCAAAAGAAGUUGAGAAGUCACUUAAAUGAGCUCAAGAAGUUC